AUGCUAAACGAAAACAUAGUUUUGCCCGAGUCUUGUGCCCAAACUUUAAAUGUUUCGCCGAUUACUACAAUAAAAAAUAUGACUGACGGUGGCCGAAGAGAAGAGGUUCAUAUUGAUAAAAUUACAUCCCGUAUUCAGAAAUUAUGUUAUGGCUUGAACACCGAUUACGUCGAUCCAGUUAGCAUUACCCUGAAAGUUGUUAAUGGCCUAUACCCAGGAGUUACUACUGCAGAAUUGGAUGCACUGGCUGCAGAAACUGCUGCUACCCUCAGUGAAGAUCACCCAGAUUAUGCUACUCUUGCAGCUCGAAUUGCUAUAUCUAAUCUUCAGAAAGAAACGAAAAAAUUAUUUAGUGAUGUAAUAGAUGAUCUUUACAACAUGUUUGAUGAAAAACUAGGAGAAAAAUCACCAAUAAUCUCAGAAGAACUUCACAAAAUAAUAAUGCAAAAUUCAGAACGUCUAAAUUCAUGUAUGAUAUAUGAUAGAGAUUUUUCCUAUGAUUAUUUUGCUUUCAAAGAAUUGGAAAAAUCAUAUCUAUUGAGAAUAAACGGCAAAGUUGUGGAGAGACCACAACAUAUGUUAAUGAGGGUAGCUGUUGGUAUUCAUAAGGAAAAUAUCGACGAUGCGAUUACAACUUAUAAUCUAUUGUCAGAAAGAUUUUAUAUCCAUUCUACAAAUACUCUACUGUUGGCUUCUACACCCAAACCACAAUUAUGCUCUAGCAUUGUCAUGAUGAUGCCAGAUGACAGUAUUGAAGGGAUUUUUAACUGUAUUAGACUUUGUGGAUUAGUUUCUAAAUAUACCGGAACUGUAGGUCUAAACAUUCAGAAUAUAAGAGCUAAAGGCACAUACAUAGCCGGUACUAAUGGUGUAUCGAAUGGUUUAGUUCCUAUGUUACGAGUUUUUAAUAAUAUGGCGUGCUAUGUAGAUCAACUUAGCACCAAUAAACCUUCUGAAAUAGCUGUUUAUAUUGAACCUUGGCAUGCUGAUAUUCUCGAAUUCUUGAACUUAAGUAAACCCGGCGGCAAGGAAGAAGUAAGAACAAGAGAUUUAUCCUACGCUUUGUGGGUACCCGAUUUAUUUAUGAAAAGGGUAGAAUCUAAUGGAAAAUGGUCUCUAAUGUGCCCACAUCAAUCUCCAGGUCUUACUAACUCUUAUGGGGAUGAAUUUGAACAAUUAUAUGAAAAAUACGAGAAAGAGGGAAAAUACAUAAAACAAAUACAAGCUCAAGAAUUAUGGAGAGCAAUUAUUGUUCUUCAAGCAGAGACAGGUGGUCCCGUUAUGAUGUACAAGGAUGUAUGCAACAGAAAAAGUAAUCAAAAACACAUAGGAACAAUUAGGGGCGGAAGUUACAGCGGUGAAGUAGUUGCAUAUACAUCAGAUGAAGAAAUAGUAGCGUGUCCCCAAGCUUCUAUAGCUGUAAAUAUGUUUGUCAGUCCUGACAGAAAGAGUUUUGACUUCCAAAAGCUUAAAGAGGUUACUAAAGUUGUAACCAAGAAUCUAGACAAAAUCAUUGACGUUAGCUUUUAUCCCGUACCUGAAGAACAGAAGUCGAACUUAAACCAUAGAGCCAUUGGCAUAGGUGUUCAAGGUUUGGCUGAUACCUUCAUAUUAAUGCGUAUGCCCUGUGAUAGCGAAGAGGCGCGUAAACUAAAUAAACAAAUAUUCGAAACUUUAUAUUAUGGAGCUCUGGAAGCAAGUUCUAAUUUGGCAGAGUUAAAUGGAUCUUACCCAAUGUAUAAGGGUAGUCCUAUCAGUAAAGGUAUUCUUCAAUAUGAUUUGUGGGAUGUAAAACCAUCUGAUUUAUGGGAUUGGCAAACACUUAAAGAAACAAUUGCUAAAACUGGUGUGCGUAAUUCCUUAUUAGUUGCACAGAUGUCAACACCGAUUCUAUCUAGGUUGUUUGCAAAUAGCGAAUCUACCGACCUCUACAGAUCGUUUCUAUACACCAGACGAGUAUCGUCUGGAGAGUUUCCUGUAGUCAAUCCUUAUUUACUGCGAGAUUUAACAGAAAAAGAUAUAUGGGAUGACAAAGUAAAAGAAGCUAUUGUAAGUAACGCGGGUUCAAUUCAAAAUAUCCCAGAAAUUCCGGAUGAUUUGAAACUGAUAUAUAAGACCACUUGGGAAGUUUCACAAAAGGUCGUUUUGAACAUGGCCAUUGAUAGAGGAGCGUUCAUUGACCAAAGCCAAAGUUUAAAUAUACAUAUGAUGAAUCCAAACUACGGAAGCUUAAGUUCAAUGCAUUUCUAUGGAUGGAAUAGUGGACUUAAAACUGGACUGAAUAAAUUAAGAACAAAGUCUGCCCCUAAAGUCUAUAGCAAAUUGGGCGACAAACAAAAAAUUGAUGUUCCUGCCAAAGAAGACGAUUUAGAAGAAAUGAAGAGAAAACAAAGGGAAGAGGAAGAAAAGAAUUUAGCUAGUUUGGUAUGUUCUCUCCAAAAUCGUGAGGCUUGCGACAUGUGUGGAGCUUGA